AUGCUGAGUUCGGUCCAGCAGAUCUACGACGAACUAUGGAAGACUAUUGUUAGACCGCCGAGGGAUGAAUACUCUAUGGACGAGCUUGGCGAGAGUCGCUUUCGAUUAUUAGACGGACGCGUGUAUAUGCGUGAGGACUUCGAUGUUGUAAACGGCAGCAACGAAACGUUGCGUUGCAGCCACUACGAACCCUUGGAUCGAUUCGGGCUUGAGAAGUUACCGUGCGUUGUGUAUCUUCACGGGAACAGUUCCUCUCGUGUGGAGGCGUGUGGAGUGUUGCCGUACACCCUGCCGCUAGGCAUCACGGUGGUAUGCUUCGACUUUUCAGGCAGUGGCCACUCUGACGGCGACUGGGUUACGUUAGGAUGGAAGGAAAAAAACGACCUGGACUGUGUAGUGCAGUACUUGAAGCAAAACCGGCGAGUGGCGACCAUUGGACUUUGGGGAAGAUCAAUGGGAGCUGUCACGGCGUUAUUAUAUAACCAAGAAGACCACGAAGAUGUCACGGCGAUUGUUGCGGACUCGCCGUUCAGUAACCUCCGAGAUUUAAUUCAGGAAUUGGCGGCACACAUUCUCUACAACCAACCGAUUGAGGACGACGAUCCACAGCUUGCGGGACCACCGUUACUUUGCGGACCCCCUGGGACUGUGCAGUUGAACGCGGAAGAGACUGCGGCAGAGGAGCUCGGCAGCAGCAGUCGCUUGACCAACGAAUCCAAGCAAAUUGCAACCGCUCUCAGCGACGGAGUCGGCUUAGGCCCUCCCACCACACUGCCCGGUAGUAGCAGCGCCUGUUCUUCUUCCGUGGCCGCUGCCGCCCCGCACUAUCCAGGUCCGGAUGAUGGCAUGGACAUUAUGGCUGCGUGCUCCCCGUGGGGCACUUGGGGCUGGGGCUGGAUCAAAACCCCAGUCAUGUACGUGUGCAACGCAAUCACCACUGUGGUCCUCGGCAUGAUACGUAGUACAAUCCUUAGCCGGUGCGACGGAUUCGACAUCCAUGAUCUCCAUAUCGACAUCUCCAAGUGUAAUGCGCCCCUACUCUUUGUCAAUGCAAAGGGAGACUAUUUCAUCAAACAGCAUCAUCCCACUAAGCUAUUCAAUGAGUACAGACAAAACAAGAAAUGGUUCAUCAAUUGCAACGGCGAUCACAACUCAGAACGUUCUCCUCAGGUCAUGUAUUCAAUCGCCGUUUAUCUUUACCACUCUCUUCAAUCGCACGUGAGCCUCGGCGGGCCGCAUGUGAACGUGUGUGAGCCGCACGUGAACGUGUUUGGGUCGGACGGUAUGUUGCAUUUAGUGUCCAAAGCUGUUUGA